ACUCUUCGAAAUUUGGAAACAAUCUAACGAGAGAGAGAGGGUGGAAAUUGGCGGAAGAGUGACACAGGUGAGUUAAGAAUUAAUGGGGGACGACAAGUCUUCGAAGGUAAUGGCGACCAGAGAGAGAGAUCGGGAGCUUCUUAUACCAGUCGCCGCCGCCGGAGUUGACGACUCUUCCAAAGCCUCCUCCUCUUCCUCCUCCUCUGCGUCUUCCUCUCAUCACUCCGGCCGUGAGACCUUUUACAAAGUUAUGCAGAGCUGGGCUUCAAAAAAGUUCAUGACUGGAUGCGUCAUCCUAUUCCCCAUCGCUGUCACAUUCUAUAUAACAUGGUGGUUUAUUCAUUUUGUGGAUGGAUUUUUCUCUCCGAUUUAUGCUCAACUCGGCAUUGACAUCUUUGGUCUUGGUUUUAUGACAUCCAUCACAUUCAUCUUCGUGGUGGGAGUGUUCAUGUCAUCUUGGUUAGGGACAUCACUACUGAAUCUUGGCGAAUGGUUCAUAAAAAGGAUGCCAUUUGUUCGUCAUAUAUAUAAUGCCUCCAAGCAAAUAAGUUCAGCAAUUUCUCCAGAUCAGAAUAGUCAAGCUUUUAAGGAGGUUGCUAUCAUAAGGCACCCAAGAAUCGGCGAAUAUGCAUUUGGAUUCAUUACUUCGUCUGUUAUACUUCAGGAUCAUUCGGGUGAAGAGGAACUAUGUUGUGUUUAUGUGCCAACCAACCAUCUUUAUAUUGGUGACAUAUUUCUCGUCAAUUCAAAAGAUGUUAUUAGACCUAACCUAUCCGUUCGAGAAGGGAUCGAGAUUGUUGUCUCCGGUGGCAUGUCAAUGCCACAGAUCUUACAGAUCUUGCCUACGUUGGACCAAAGAAUUAAUCAAGUAGUUUGAAACCUUGAGACAACAAACAUUAGAUUUAGUAAAUCAUAUUUUGUUUGUUUUUUUUAUUUGAUUGUAUGUCAUAGAUUGACUGAUAUGCUAAUGCUUUCUUUUAUACGUAUCAUUCAAUAUUUUUUUAUUUUUGGAUUGUAGAAGUCAGUUCCUUCUAAGAUGUAUGAAAAUAUAUGUUUUGUAGA